GUUGUUAGAUCAGUAUUACAUCGGUUAUUUUAACUGGCUGUCGUCCGUAGUUUCGUUAAUCUCGUGUUGUUGUUUAGAACUCCAGACGAACGAUGAGAACGUUUGCACUUUCAACAGCAUUCUGUAAUACUAUGCAACUAUUGGUKUUGUUAACUUUGUUGUUAUUGUUUGCGGAAAAAUCAUCUAGCGAUGAACAUAAACUACAACAGGUGAAACCAUUGAAUAUAUUGGCAUUUUUGCCAACUGAAGGUAAAAGUCAUUUCAUGGGCUUUAAACCAUUACUCGAAACUCUCGUUUCCAGAGGGCAUAAUGUCACACUUGUGGCACCAUUUGCACUGGAUGGCGCUAAACGGCCGUAUCGUCACGUCAAAGUGGAGCAAACGUUAGGAGAUUUUGACAUGCUAAAAGUGGCGAAAUACGUGAACCUCGUGCCCACGCCAUUGCACUUGUGGUGGUUCGGGCCACACAUCAGCGAGACAAGUCUGGAUAAACCGUCAGUGGCGAAUUUCAUAAGAACUGACCGGUCAUCUUUUGAUUUGGUGCUGUUCGAGAACUUCUACCACGAGUGUUUCGUGACCAUCGGGCACAAAUACAAUGCCCCGGUGGUACAGCUGCUGCCAUUCUCAGCCAAUUCCAGGAUUUCACAGUGGCACAGCAACCCGUACAACCCAGCGUACAUUCCGGACUUGACCAGUGCAUUCGGAUCCAACAUGACGUUCGCGCAGCGCACCACAAACGCAAUAUCCGCGUUUUUCUACACGGCCGUCUCCCGGCUAGUGUACCUGCCACGGCAACGGGCCGUGGCCGACAAACACUUUGUGUACCCGGGCCACGAGCGCCGUCCCGAUCUCAUUGACAUGCUCAGAAACGUAUCGCUGACAUUGGUAAACAGCCACCCGGUCAUCGGUUCAGCCGUGCCAAUGGUACCCAGCUUCGUGUAUGUGGCAGGCAUGCACUGCGUGCCCGCCGGACCGUUGCCCGAAGACUUAAAGCAAAUAAUGGAAAGUGCUAAGGAAGGUAUAGUUUACUUCAGUUUGGGAUCGGUGGUAAAAUCAUCCAAAAUGCCCAAGGAAACAGUGUCGUUAUUACUGUCGGAAUUCUCGAAAAUCGAACAGACCGUCCUGUGGAAAUGGGAGRCUGAUGACAUACCACAACUACCAAAAAAUGUCAUCGUUCGAAAAUGGUUUCCCCAAAACGAUAUUCUAGGUCAUAAAAACUGCAAAUUAUUUAUCACUCACGGUGGAAUACAAAGUACCACUGAAUCCAUCUACCACGGAGUGCCAAUGUUGGCCAUACCUGUUUUUGGAGAUCAACAGGGUAACUCACUACGUGCACAGUAUCAAGGCAUAGCUAUACAAGUUCCGUACUUCGAAUUGACGCACGAGGCAUUUGGAAGUGCUCUACACAAGCUCCUCAUCGAUCCGACGUACCGAGAAAAUUCCAAAAAGUCGUCAGCUAUGUUCAGGGAUAACCCGCUACCACCGCUGCAAAAGGCUGUGUUUUGGGUUGAGUACGUUGCCAGGCAUAACGGUGCGAAACACCUACGGACGGCUGCCAACGACCUUUAUUGGUUCCAGUACAUGUUGUUGGACGUCCUGUUGCUGGUGUCGUUCGUGGUCGUAUUGAUGGCGUGGACGACCAAAAAAAUGCUCUGCUAUGUGUUCAGCCGGUGUUGUCGCAGCCGCCGAAAUAUCACCUCGCCAACAUCAACGGAGAAAAAAACGCAAUGAUAAUAACAAGCAUCCCAAUAAUACAAUUUACUUUCGUUCACUCGAAAUUCAAGGGAAGGGGGGGUCAAGUUGUUAAAAAUACCGGUAUAUCAAAAACCAAUCGAUCGUGAAGAGCAUUUAAAGGAUAAUUUUUAAUAUUUGAUAUAAAUAUAUUAUGAUAUCAUGUUGA